UGUGGGAUUACGCGCGGUCGCCCAGCCUUGGUAUUUCUUCGCUCACUAUUACUGAGGACGCCCGGCUCUCCGUCCUUCCAGCACACGCCUGACAAUUGAUAAUGUGAUGUGGAGGCGGUUUAUUGGGACAUCUACUGGGAGAUCGCUACGGCUCUGCAUGGUGGAGGAUGCUCGGGGAGUCCGGUGUCCAAGGAAGGUCGUCCCUGCUCCUCUGGACCCCCCCCCCCCCCUGCACCCCAGGAGUCAACAAUACAGGAAGGGUUCGCAGGGCUCCCAUGGUGGCUGCAGGAUGCCUCAUCACGGUCACGUCUGAAACACCUGUCGGUCGGUCUGUGGCAUCACGACAAUAAAACGUGUCACUCACGCAAUGGCACUGAGUGGAUGACCGAGGUCACGUCUGACCUAUGGAUCUCGAACAGCACGGAAGUUCAAGGGAUCGGAUGAAUUGCUCCUGUUCCUUUGGAUCCCCCUUCUGGUCCCUUUGCCCCCUUGUUUGCCCCCUUUGUCCCCAGAUUGAAGAAAACGCACACGGAGAUUCACUGGAUCGUCUUGUUUCCCCCUUUCCCCACAUGUGCCGCACGGAAACAGCGUGCAUGGUACGACACCCUUCUGGGUGGAACCGGAACCGUGUUAAGCAUCUCUAACACGAUUGAUGGAGAAGUCACCAGAACUAUGUUGUCUAACACCGGAAGUGACAUUGCGCACGGUCUCUCGACCGUAGGGCUUUGGAUGCCCACAUCUAUCGCGCCUCAUGAAGAAGCGUCGUCUUUAUUCUUAGCACAAUUGUCAUGGGAUAAAGGGAUGUGGGAUGCAACACAAGAAGUAUUAACACCUAUAAUUGAUACAUGUACACCUUUGACACAAUCAGUGAUAACUACGAAAAUGCACUGGAAAGUUGUAUUCCCUGUUUUUCCAUCGUGUGCUCGGAGGAAGAGAGAGUGGUAUGACACGUUGUUAGGGGGAACGGGAACGUUAUUGGGGGUAUCCAAUACCAUUGAUAAUGAGGUAACGCGAUAUAAAUUAGCUGGAACCGGACAGGGAACUCAUGAUGCCCUACUAAAAGUAGGAAUGUGGCUUCCUAAUUCAAUAGUGGGACAAAAAGAAAAUGCUAAAUUAUGGCAGGACGUAUUUAAAUGGGAACUGAAUAUAUGGAACGCCACUAGCAGUGUUUUAACCAACGUGACUAAACAGCUAAACUGGACCACAUGUAGCAUACAAUACCUACAUGCACAGGCGCAGAAGGAACGUUUUAUACGAACAAUGACUACGGGAAAUUAUCAGGAGUGGCGUACGAGUUGGAAUAUAUCUUCGGAGUUAUGGUUACAGUUACAUUCGGAAUAUACGAUUUGUAAUACGACCGAAUGUAGGGGAUAUUGGACACAAUACACAGUAACCUCAAACGUUACCGUAUGUAAAUUCCAGGUAUUACCCGUAAUAACUGAACUAGGCUAUUGGUUUUUGCAUAUAGAAGGUGAAUGGUUUAAUUCGGGAACGAACCAAACCUUUAAUACCGAUCUUUGCGAGAACACAGAUAAAGGACUAGCUUGUAAAUUGCAUCACGAAUUUGUUAAUCCUUGCUUAACAAAAGUAGACUUCGCCUUAUGCGAUUGGUCAAGGGAACCGAGUAGGGACAUUUUGUGGCAGGUGGGACCACAUACCCUUUGUGUGGCCACUGCCCAAAAUCACUCCAUGUUGCCAACGGUUCCAUUUGUAGGAUGCCUAUGUAAUGUUCGUUUCUUUCAGUGGGGAAACGGGACGUAUUGGUUGACAAAUUACACAGUUGCUAGCCGGUUUACGGCUGUGUAAUGGGAAGUGUUACAUACACCAUGGCAAAUCUCUUUGGAGCGUUUCAAAUGCGCAUUGGAACAAUCCACUGAGAUAAAGAAAUUGAUUAACUCACAUGCGUCCAAUGUUUCCCAGCUGAUGGUAUCAACAUUAAUGGCUAAAGGAGAAAUUUUGCAUGCUGCUAAAAUUAUUCAGCAACAAUCUGCUCAUCAUUGGUGGGACAUAUUUACAGGAUUAUCACAAACUGCUAGAGUAACGCUGCUUCCACCAAUGAUUUUAGUCUUAAUCGCUUUUGCUUUAACUACGCUAUGUAAUAUUGGAAUUUGUUGCUAUGUCAAACGUCUAGAGGACCAGGUUGCCCGGAAAAUAUUUCAUCAGUUAGAAUUAUGAGGGUACUGGUAGAAACAAUAGACUUAGACGGGGUAGAUGCAUGCGUAGUAACUAUAACUACUGAAGAAGGGGGGCAUAUCCUGGACUACCAAGAUAUGAGGGGUGGAUUCUUUUAUCGCCGUAUAGAGCGACACCCUGACCGUGUAAAUAUGCUUAUAGCCGCGGUGUAUGAAAUAGUAACCGACAUGCAGUAGGAUUAAUAAAUUAGAGUUGAUUUGGUUUAAAACACCAGGAGUGGAAUGUAAUGUUGUUUUUAACCUCAUCAACUAACAUCAAGCUGCAAGGUAACAUAAAUCGGAAUGUGUUAAGUUUGCACAAGGCCUAAUUAAUUAAUCAGGACUCGGCUUGAUGUGGUUGAAAGCACCAGGAGUGGAAUGAAGGGGAAUAUUGGAAUGUGUUGCUUUCAACCUAUCAAGCUGACUCCGCAAAAUAGUGAACAUAACAUGUUUUCUCGUCAAACCGUGUGAAGGGAAUGUGUUAUUCAACCUAUCAAGCUGACUCCGCAAAAUAGUGAACAUAACAUGUUUUCUCGUCAAACCGUGUGAAGGGAAUGUGUUAUUCAACCUUAUCAAGCUGCAAGGUACAGCCUGAAAGGGAGUAAGGAUUCUCGAAGGCCGUGCGAAACGUCUAAGGGAGAUCCAAACAUUCUCAGAAGCCGUGUGAAACUCGAACGGGAGGGGAAGUUACGAGGCGCGGUACUUGCUAUAAAGAAGCGAUGGCGACAAGUACAAUUAGAGUCAGCUGUGGGAUUACGCGCGGUCGCCCAGCCUUGGUAUUUCUUCGCUCACUAUUACUGAGGACGCCCGGCUCUCCGUCCUUCCAGCACACGGUAAUGAGAUUUAUGUUAUUGCAUGUAAUCUAUGAGCUGAAAUACAAUUGUUGCUUGUUUGCUUGUACACUUUAUACUGUGGGUUAAAUAAAAUGUGCCGCUUGUUUAACGCAGUGAAGUGUUAUUGUUUGCUGUCCAUGUAAGUCGCCGACGAUCCGCGAUCCUGAAGUUAAUAAUAAGUCAUAGCAAUUGAUUAUGAGUUGUGACUAUUAUAUUAUUUGAUACUGUAAUUGAUUAUAAGCAGUGUCUACUUAAAGAAUACUUGUCUGAUUGGAUAUAACAGACAAGUUAACCCAUAGUAGCCUGGUGAUUGGGUAUCAGCCUCGCUACUAUUCAUUUUCAUUGAUACUGUGAUUGAUCAUAA